CAUAAAGUUUGUGUGAAAUAAAAAAAGCCCCCUUCUUUCUUUCAGAUGCAACCAUGCUGUUACAAAAGAAAGUAAUUAAAGACAGUGACAUCUCGGUUUCGAUUAACCAAUGGUUCUCUCAGAGAACCCAAGCACACAAGGCCUCUGCAGCUCCUAAGCCGGUUCAGAUGAAAGUACUUCUACAAUCAGAAUCAGAAUCAGAAUCUGAUGAAGAAUUGCCACCACCUACAUCGGAUGAUAAUGAAAGAAUUGAAAUCAUGGACUCAGAUGAACAAGACGAAGAUGCCGAAGGCGAAGAUCGCUCUAAUGAGGACAGAGACGAUGACAUUACUGAUGUUAAUUGUUAACAAUGAUGCUGAUUGAAUUUCUAAUUUUUUGCUUGCCUUUUCUUUACGUAUCCACUAGCAUUCAUUAAUGCUUCUUAUAAUUUAAAAUAUUUUGACUAUUUACUAUGUGUUCACAUUUAACGCUAUUCCCAUUCACGAUAAAUGAAGGAAGGCAAUAUUUAAUCUUGCCAAUUUUCAACAAUUAUUACUCGAAAAUUACUCAAUUACUCAAUGGGCCUGUUGUAAACUUUUGCCAGUUGCCAAAAUGAUAAGUGGCCUAUCUAUUUAAAUUUGACAGUUAUGAUAAUGAGCAUACAGUCCAUCAGCGUCGGCAGUUACUUUAUGCUAUAUUCAUAAUCCUGUAAUUGAAGGAGAGACAGAGUGAAACUUCAAAAAAAUUUGGCAAAUAAAAGAUUGGAUUUUAGACUUAGUUCAUAUGCUCAAAUUCGAUGUGUCAUUAACAGGACAAGACUAGGCUGUUUGUCACCCCACGGCGAGUGGCGUAUCGACAACCGAGAUUUCCAUUUUAGUGAGUGUCUUUCUUUUCAACCUUUCAAAAUCGCAAUAACUUCCUCCCUCAUUGCACGUUCAAGACUAAUAACAAAGGAGAUAGUGUUUCAAAACGUAAGACCCCCCCCCCCCCCCCCCUAAAUUGUGAGGGUAAGUUUAUUUAGCCCACCUUUAAAUCUGGCCAACUGUCUGUCAGAAGAUUUGGCAACAACUCCAUUAUCACUCAUGGCUUAAGGAAAAAAUACUUACUUAGAACUAAAGAGGAAGCACUUGAAGUAAUCCUUACCCAAAACAACACUUUUUAGCUUCAUCGCCACAAAAGGAUAUUUAUGUUCUUGUCCUUGUUUGGACUGUCCAGCCCAUGUAAAUUUUUUGGUGAUUUUAUCAUGCACCAGAGUAUGCAAAACAUUUCUUGCGGUAUUGGUAUCAUGUUUUUUUUUUGAUACAUUGUAAGAUAAUGCACUCACCUAGUGUCUAUCUGUAAGGAAUGACUCUUAUUUUUGCCCUGCAAAAGUUUGCAACAGGCCCAUUUACUUGAAAAUUAUGUAAUAUUUACGCAACACUUUCCACUCAAAUUUCAAGGGUCUCUUACGUCGAAGAGAAUCCAUGCCACCCAGAGUGCAAUUCAUCAGCAUAUUGCAAAAAGCAAUCAAUGUGUUGCUAAUCUUAGCAAUCUAAUUUCGCCAAAA